AUGGAUUCCAAUUUCCCUAACCACGACGUUGUAACAGAAAUACUCUUGCACUUGCCAUUCACACCCCUCUUGAGAUUUCGAAGCGUCUGCAAAUCAUGGCGCGAUCACAUCGAUUCUGAAGCCUUCAGAAAAUCGCACAUUCACCACCAUGCCAACGACGACAGAGACGACGAGACGCUACUCGUGCAGUUCAGUUUCCGAGAAGACGGAGUUUCAGAACUGUCAAUGUUUAACGGGAAGCUGCACAACAACGUCCUGCCAGCUCCCCAGGAAAUCCUGGACUACCACCUGAAGCUUGGCCUCGACACGAGGGAAGUCGACGUCCGUUGUGCUCUGAUCUCCGGGCCUUCUAACGGUCUGAUCUGCGCCUACUACAGGGCCACCGACGCACCCAUUGCAGUAUGCAACCCUAGUUUAGGCCUCAUCACUAUCUUGCCAAUGCCACCAAACCCUAGUUCAAAUCAUCACACGUGUCGCGACAUCGCGAUUUGGUUCGACGAGGUCGCACAAGAUUACGCGGUGGUGCAGCUCUUGUCUUGCUACGAACUCAGUUUCCACUUGCACGCGUCGGUGUACUCGAAAGCCACGAAUUCUUGGAGGGAGCUGAGCGUCGGCGGCAGCGAUGUGAUUGCUCGUGGUUUGUGCGUUGUCAUCAUCCCUAUAAGUUCGCGGUGCAAGGACGGCUCGUUCUCGCACUGGCUGGCGGUUGACGAGGAGGGGAAUCAGGUGAUCGUGUCGUUCGACUUCAGGAACGAGGGUUUCCGUAUCGUUGAGAUAACGGACUUUGAGAUUUUGUUGAGGCGUGGUUAUAUGAGGAUUUUUGCGGAGGGCGAUGAUUCUUUUCUCGCGUUCAAUUCUGGUUAUCAGAAAGAGGCUGAGUGGUUGAACAUAUUUUGGUUGAGAGUGGAAGAGAAUAGGCUGCAAUGGGAUCGCAUGAAGACAGUUGGACCAUUUGAUGGCCUUGUCAUAACCAAGGCUUUGGCUUUGUGUGAGAAGGGUUAUGUUGUUUUGGAGGCUGAGAAUGGGUGUUUAGUACUUUAUGAUUAUUGUAAUGAAAAAUUUCUUAAAUGUUUCGAGAUGGAGAGUAAUGUGCCCAUGAUUUUUGAGUAUAGAGGAAGCUUUGUUUUGCCUUAG